AUGAAGAAAGAAUCUUCUACAGCAGCACCCCAGCGGUUUGAAACGUUGCAACUUGAUGCUGGGUCAGGAGCCCUUUUUCUAGUUAGCAGCGCAGUUCCCAUCUACACCUGCGCGGCCUUUGCGUUCAACAAUUCCCAGCAUGGAGUCCGCUUGUUGAACCUCACCGAGUUCGGCAAUAUUUACAGCCGCAUCACCAACCCCACCGUCAGUGUCUUCCAGAAUCGAAUGGCCGCCCUUGAGGGAAGGGACAACAUUGUCGCCUCCUCUACUGUGCACGGAGGUACAUACCAUCAAUUCAAGGUUCUGGCGCCACAGCUGGGCAUUGAGUGUCGCUUCGUCGCGUCCAAUGAGCCGGAAGAUUUCCGAGCGUUGCUGGACGACAAGACAAAGUUCAUCUUUGUUGAGAGUAUCAGCAAUCCUAGAUACACCGUGCCGGACUUUGAAGCUCUAGCCGACAUUACUCACUCCCAUGGAAUACCAUUAAUUUGCGACAACACCUUUGGCUGCGCCGGGUAUUACUGCCGUCCGAUUGAACACAGAGCGGAUAUCGUAGUCCAUUCGGCAACGAAAUGGAUUGGCGGACAUGGAACCACUCUCGGUGGUGUUAUUGUGGACGGAGGAACUUCCGACUGGGGCCGCCAUGCAGACAAAUUUCCUCAAUUCCACGCAGACGCGGCCAAAGAGGGCAGUGGUGAGGUCAGCCUGUGGAAAAUGUUCGGGCCACGGGUCUUUGCCAUACGUUGUCAGUUCGAGGUGCUCCGAGAUAUUGGCAGCACUUUAAGCCCUCAGGCUGCACAACAGCUGCUCAUUGGCCUCGAGUCGCUCGCCGUUCGAUGUGAUCGCCACACAGCCAACGCGGAAGCCUUGGCCGCGUGGCUGGCACAGCAGCCGCAGGUAGCGUGGGUGCGCUAUCUGGGUGACCCGGGCCAUCCAUCCCAUCGCAAUGCCAGCAAGUAUCUGCGACAUGGAUACGGCGCUGUCUUCUCGUUUGGCAUCAAAGGAGGAAAGAACGCCGGUUUCCGACUAUGCGAUGGGUUUCAAAUGAUCAUCAAUACGACCAACCUGGGCGACUCCAAGACUCUCGUGGUUCAUCCUUGGACGACGACACAUCAGCAAUUGACCGAUGCUGAGCGUUUCGACUCUGGUGUCACAGAAGACCAUAUCCGCCUAUCCGUUGGGAUCGAACAUCUCGAAGACAUCAAGGAUGACUUUUUGCUGGCUUUUUGA